AGGGGGGCUGAAUUUGUUGUUGGACUGCUCGUGCUUUGGAUGAACCAUGGAAUGUCAACGGUAACGAUUUACAUGCAGCAUUGAAGGGAAUUUUCUUUUGUAGUCUUGUACCAUUAAUUGGACAUCUAAAAAGCAAAUUUCCUUAAAAAAAAUGGCUCGUGUGGUUAAAGUGUUUCGGACUCUACGGAAUAACUGGAAAAAGUCCACGUUUGCUGUGUGUCUGCUGUCAUAUGGGGGACACUGGCUGUAUGGAAAGCACUGCGACAGUAUACUACGACGGGAAGCUUGUUUAGAGGCCAGGGAGUUUGGUCGACAAUUAAUUGGACCUCAGGAGCAUUUAAAGAAAGCCACUGUAAUUCUUAAUCCUGCUGCCUGUAAAGGGAAAGCAAAUAGUUUGUUUGAGAAGAAUGCAGCUCCCAUUUUACACUUGGCUGGUGUGGAGGUUAAAAUUGUGAAGACAGAUUAUGAAGGCCAGGCAAAAAAGCUGAUGGAAUUGAUGGAUCAAACCGAUAUGCUGAUUAUUGCUGGUGGCGAUGGGACGUUACAAGAGGUAAUAACUGGCCUACUUCGCAGAGUUGAUGAGGAGACCUUCAGUAAAAUACCAAUUGGUUUUAUUCCUCUGGGUUCCAGUAACACCCUGAGUCAGAGCCUUCAUUUAGUUUCAGACAACAAAGUGCAACACAUUACAACAGCAACUCUGUCAAUUCUUAAAGGCGAAACGGUCCCACUGGAUGUUCUGCAGAUAAAGGGUGAAAAGGAGCAGCCAGUGUUUGCCCUGUCAAGUUUACGCUGGGGUGCAUUUAGAGAUGUUGCUUCUAGUAUCAGCAAAUAUUGGUAUCUUGGACCCUUAAAAACAAGGGCAGCACACUUGUUUAGUACACUUAAGGAGUGGCCACAGAUUCACCAGGCCUCCCUGUCCUAUCUGGGUCCUGUACCACGACCACCUGACCUGCCUGCUGAGAAACCGUCGCGGCCCAACCUUUUCUACCGCAUCCAUCGCAGACUCAAGAAUUACUGGAACCCACCUAUAGAAGAGACACCAAAAGAGCCAGAGCCUGAGAGAUGGGAGAACAAAGAGAUCUCCACAGUGGAGCUGUCAGUUUGCACACACAAUAAAAACCCUGUUAUAAGACGUGUGAAUGAUUCCAUGCUGAUAACUUUGGAGACAGACAGCCUUACUGUUGGCCAGUUUAUCACAGAGGGAACCAAGAAAGCUGUGGACCCAAUGCAGUCUACAGAAAAUGCUUUGCAGCUAGAAGCGAGUGCUGCCUCUCUCAAUCUCCAAAAGGAGGGCGCCGGCUUUUAUGACAUUGACAAUGAGGAAUAUGAGGCAAUGUCUGUGGAAGUGAGACUGCUGCCUCGGAAACUGAGGUUCUUUUGCAAUGCAGAGCGUAAAGAGCAGCUUGCACAGGCUUUAUGAGGACAGUCGGACAGUUAUGUAAACAUGUGGACAGUAUGAAGACUGCUGAACCUUUGAGAUUAAGACUGGAAGAAAGAAACUGGAUAACACAGUCGAGUCAAAGUAACUUUAAAGGGAUAGUUCACCCCAAAAAUGAAAAUUCUGUUUUCAUGUACUCAUCUCCAAGUUGUUUCAUACCUGUUUAAAUUUCUUAGUUCUGCUGAACACAAAUGAAGAUAUUUCAAAGAAUGUGUAAGCAGAUUUGGGGCAUUGUUGACUUCUAUAGUAGGAAAAAAAUAAUACUAUGGAAGUGAAUGGUACACCAGAUCGGUUUGGUUAAUACAAUUUUUUUUUAAAAUAUCUUAAUUUGUGUUUUAGAUGGACUUUAAGAUGUUGUAAAGGGUUGACUACACAUGUGUCAUCACAUGUGAUGAAAAAAACAUUAUUCUUCAUUCUUUAUUGGAACCUGUAAGGAUUUCAAAUGUGUUAAGGUAACGUUUUACCUCACAAAAAUAGUGUUUGUGGUUUCAUCUGAGAAGUGGUACAUGCUAAUGGUUUGUAACUUAGAAACUUUUAAACAGAGUGAAUGGGGAAAGAAGAAAGAAAAUCCAGGCUGGUUUACAUUAAAUGUAAAUGUAACGGUAUGUUAUUAUGAAAGUGCAAAAACAGCACUAGAACCUGCCAUGAAAACCUAAAAAAUAUAACAUUAUGUUGCAAUUGUCUUGCCAGAGAAGACCAAAAUAAAUGUCGUUAUCAUUA